UUCUUAUUAACUUACAGCUUAAAUGCUAAGAUUAUGUCACAGCUGUCAAAUUCGUUGCCCCUUCCCUCCGUUCGUACUGACCCUCCUUCACCUUCCCUCUUUCCGUAAACGUCUACGAUGGCGGCCGGGGUACUUUACACUUAUCCGGAAAACUUCCGCGCCUACAAGGCGCUGAUCGCGGCACAGUACUCCGGGACCGACCUGAAAGUUGCUCCCAACUUUGUGUUCGGUGAAACCAACAAGUCAGAUGAGUUCCUGAAGAAAUUCCCCGCGGGGAAAGUGCCAGCGUAUGAAAGUGCCGACGGGAAGGUCCUGCUGACCGAGAGCAAUGCCAUCGCUUACUACGUGGCAAAUGCGGCCCUGCGCGGUGCUGAUGUGGAGUCGCAGGCACGUGUGCUACAGUGGAUGUCAUGGGCCGACAGCGAGCUCCUGCCCGCGUCCUGUGCCUGGGUGUUCCCCUAUCUCGGCAUCAUGCAGUUCAAUAAACAGAACGUGGAGCGCGCGAAGGCGGACCUGCUGGCGGCGCUGCGGCAGCUGGACGCGGCGCUGCUGACGCGCACCUUCCUGGUGGGCGAGCGGGUGUCGCUGGCAGACAUCGUCGUCUUCUGCUCGCUGCUGCACGCCUUCCAGCACGUGCUGGAGCCCGGGGCGCGCGCGGGGCUGGGCAACGUGUGCCGCUGGUGGGCCACGCUGGCGGCGCAGGCGCCCGUGGCGGCCGUGGCGGGCCACGUGCCGCUGUGCGCCGCGCCGCCCGUCUACGACCCCAAGAAGUACCAGGACCUCGCUCACGGCAAGAAGGACGGAGGCAAAAAGGACAAAAAGUCAGAAAAGAAGGAACAGCCCAAGAAGGAGAAGAAGGAGCCGGCGGCGGCGGAGCCCGACCUGUUGGACGAGCUGGACGAGAAACCCAAGGAGUCCAAGGACCCCUUCGACGCCAUGCCUAAAGGCACGUUCAACAUGGAUGACUUCAAGCGGUUCUACUCAAACGAGGACGAGGCCAAGUCUAUCCCGUACUUCUGGGAGAAGUUCGACCCCGAGCACUACUCCAUCUGGUACGCCGAGUACAAGUAUCCCGAGGAGCUCGCCAAGGUCUUCAUGAGCUGUAACCUCAUCACAGGCAUGUUCCAGCGGCUGGACAAGAUGCGCAAGCAGGCGUUCGCGUCGGUGUGUCUGUUCGGCGAGGACAACGACUCCAGCAUCUCGGGCGUGUGGGUGUGGCGCGGGCACGAGCUGGCCUUCCCGCUGUCGUCGGACUGGCAGGUUGACUACGAGUCAUACGAUUGGAAGAAGCUGGACCCGGCGUCGCCGGAGACCAAGAAGCUGGUGCACGACUACUUCUCGUGGAGCGGCACCGACAAGCAGGGCCGCAAGUUCAACCAGGGCAAGAUCUUCAAAUGAACGAGCGCACGAGACCGCUGAUCGCAUUUAUUUAAUGUACGCGUGCCCCGCCCGGGACCGAUCCGUCGUUUAUAAGAAAACCUCAAAUAAAUUGUUUUUUAUUUA